AUGCAAGUAAAAGGGACAUGUGAUUUUAGCAGCAACAAGAGCCUGACCUUGUAUAAGACACAAGUGUAUAAGUCAAAGGGAACAUGGGCAGACUUUCUGUCAGCCAGAGAUUUAAAGCUUGACAAUGUCCUCUUGGAUGCAUCCGGAUAUAUAAAAAUCACAGACUUUGGCCUUUGCAAAAAAGGAAUGGGCGUUGGAGUCUUAACCACAAGCCCUGCUGGAACUCCUUAUUAUACUGCUCCAGAGAUAUUGAAACGGGAGCCCUAUGGAAGAGCAGUAGACUGGUGGUCUGUAGGAGUGAUGCUUUAUUACAUGGUGCUUCACAGGUUCCCCUUUAACGGACUGAACAUGGAGCAUCUGUGUGAAUUUAUCAAGCAUUCGAGGGCGAUUUUUCCACCCAAAGUCCCUGCUGAUUUCUCAUCCACAACAAAAGGACUUUUGGCCAAAUUCCCUGAGAAUCGCCUGGGAUUCAACGGAGCUGAAGAAGUGAAGCAAAGCCCGUUGUUCUGUAAAAUCAAUUUUGAUGGCCUCUUGAAUAAAAAAGUGACACCACCAAUCAUCCCAGCUGUCCAAAGCUCAAGCGAUAAUGACACAAACCUAAUGGUAACUCUGUAUGGGCGUAAAGCAGUUAUACCAGACUCCGUCAGUGAAGCCCUCCAGAACUUUGAUUAUUAUGUUGGCUGAAUGUGAGAAGAGACACUUGAAUAUUAAAGAAAUGCCAUCCGCCCCUCAACCAGGAAUGAAGCAGCCGGCUAA